AGCUUUAAGGCCUUUGGUGUCUCUAUGUAGCGAGAUAAGGCCAAGGUGAGAAUACUGUGAGUCGCGUUGACGCUGGGUUGUUUGAGAGCACAAAGAGAUUGCCUCUGAAUAGCGCACCCUUGAAGUACGAUGACACGAGAGAGUUGGUUGCAGACUUGAAAUCGUCCAUGGCGUUGUUGAUGGAAGCGGUGAUGAGCUAAAAGAGCGUGUGUGUGUGUGUAUGUAGAAGAUGAUGGGAGGAAGGACGUUUCGCGCGACAACUGGCUGGCCGUAACUCCCGUCCCAGGGUGGCUUGUUUACCUUGUGCAAGAAACUGAGCAGCUCUGGUUGAUCGAUCACUACUAUUCAUCAGCAUAACAACAAGCAACCAUGAGCAGCACAAAGGCCAAGAGUGAGAUGACCGAGGACGAGCUCCGCAAGUUGGAGGAAGAAGAAUUCAACACUGGCCCACUCUCGGUGCUCCAGCAGUCCGUCAAGAAUCACACACAGAUCCUUAUCAGUUGCAGAAAUAACAGGAAGCUUCUCGCCAGAGUGAAGGCAUUCGAUCGUCACUGCAAUAUGGUUUUGGAGAACGUCAAGGAGAUGUGGACCGAAGUACCGAAAGCGGGCAAGGGCAAGAAGCUGAAGCCUGUCAAUAAGGAGCGCUUUAUCAGCAAACUGUUCUUGCGUGGAGAUUCUGUGAUUCUUGUGCUUCGCAACAUUUGAGGAAUGGAUCCAUACAACUGAAUUAUAUGAGGACUGGAGCAUUCAGGAUCUUUAACGUCAUACUUGGAAAGCAAGCAAAGUAGAUUUGUCAUGUACAGAAUAAAUAAUAACCCCACCGACUAUGGUAAUCGAUGCUUGUCAUUAGGAUUCAGCUAUGUCUAACACAAUGCGGCGAAGGCGCUGUGGCGCCUGACAUACCUGGUGCAUAUCUGACAC